AUGGCAGUCAUCCAUUAUGUAACGCAUCGUCCCAACAUGAAAAGCCACGUCAAGCCUCUCGAUCGGGGCUUACGCACGCGCCAGCUGUCAAAGUCAGACGGUCGCAAGCUUCAAAGGACGCCCCCCACGCGGUUUCCUCCUUUCUUUUCUUCACCAUUUACCGGCCUGCUCUUCGAGGCACCACUGCUCCUUCUCUUCUCGUUACCGCACCAAUUUGCCGUCUCCGCAACAACCAAGAUGGCCCCCACAAUGCAGCAGCCCUCUCGUCACGACGACGGCUACCCUUGGAUGUAUUCGAGCAACAGCUUUGCAGGUCCGGGAUCAAUCGACCGGCUCGGCCUCCAGAUGGCCUCCUGGGUCUAUGGGUGGAUCCAAGCGCUUCAGAGAGACCCAAACACACCGCUGGGAACUCCAGGUUACCAGUACUGGCUGUGCGAUACGACCACGAGACCAUACGCGGUGGGCCAGCCCCUCGCAGCGCACAUUGCGGAACCCUACAAUAGAGCCACCGAUGGCGGAGAAGCGGCGGCGGGGAUAGUUGCCGAUGCAAAAAAAGCUGGAAACAGGGGACGUGACGUCCCCUGCGCGGCCUGGCUCAACGCCGGCUUCCCGCAAUAUGCCGACGGAGCACCCAAUACGGCUUCCUUCAUCCCAUGGCCGUGUCGUGCAGCCCACCACUUUGCGUCCAUCGCCAUCGAAUCCACUCGAGACUUGCUGCUUGCCCAAGCGGACGUGCCCGAUUGUUGCGUGAAACCCCUCAACCCCUCAUAUUUCGAGUACGCCUACUACAGUUUCCGUGCGUCAUGGCUGAAAAGGGCCGCGGAAUCCUUUACCGCCCUUUACGUAACCAGAAUGUCCGAUGCGGUGAACCCAGGAACGUUAGCGCCGGACGCUUCAGACCAAAUCUGGUUCUGCACCAACGUUGGCGGCAGAGCCUACGUCAUUUGGGUCGUCGACGACUACGGCCACGAAGCUCUCCCCACCGAUCGCCUUCAGCUGUGGUAG